GUGUGUCUUGCAGAGGCGGCGAAGGGGAAAGCCGGGGGCGACGUUCUCCCCGCCUUGGGCAGCUGCAAGGACCUCGCCGGCCGCUAGCUGUCGCGCUGGCUCCGAUCUUCGCGCCUGGGUUGUGUGGCUCUGCCUGCCGCCGCUCGCUCGCUCCGUCUCACUCACCCAUUUGGCGAGCUCAGCGCUGGGCGGCGGAGUCUUCAGUCGGCAUCCGGAGUCGCACCGUGGACAAGCCAAGGAAAUCAGGCGGCGGAGGCCUGGCGAGAGCGGCGGAGGCCGUGAGGAGCGGCGCUGGAGGAGCUCCGGAGCUUUGCGGCUGGGGAACAGCCAUGUUGGCGAGGGGGAUAAAGUGAUUCUUCCGCGCCGGGAAGGGAAACAGCCAGAACAGAACAGGAAGAGGCUCUUGGGGCGGCGGCGGCAGCGGCAGCAGCACUGGAGGUCUGGGGGCUCGGCGGCGUGUGAGGAAGGAGGGCAGGGCCAGAACCGCCCCCGACCCGGAGCGGCGGAGCCCCGGCGCUGCUGGUGCUGGCUUCCUUAAGCCAGACCUACUGCUGAUAGAAUGAAAAAGUUCAAGAGGAGACUUUCGCUAACAUUGCGUGGGAGCCAGACCAUUGAUGAGUCACUUUCUGAACUGGCCGAACAAAUGACGAUUGAAGAAAACAGCAGCAAAGAUAACGAGCCCAUUGUGAAGAAUGGCAGACCUCCAACAUCUCAUAGUAUGCACUCAUUCCUCCACCAGUACACCGGAUCCUUCAAAAAACCUCCGCUACGAAGGCCACAUAGUGUUAUAGGUGGCAGCCUCGGCUCUUUCAUGGCAAUGCCAAGAAAUGGGAGCAGACUAGAUAUUGUACAUGAAAAUCUGAAAAUGGGAUCAGAUGGUGAAAGUGAUCAAGCUUCUGGAACAUCAUCUGAUGAAGUCCAAUCCCCUACAGGUGUUUGUCUGAGAAACCGGAUACACAGACGGAUUUCCAUGGAGGAUCUGAACAAACGUUUGUCGCUACCUGCAGACAUCAGGAUACCUGAUGGAUAUCUUGAAAAGAUGCAGAUAAACAGUCCGCCAUUUGAUCAGCCAAUGAGUCGGCGCUCUCGUAGAGCAUCUUUGUCUGAAAUUGGAUUUGGGAAAAUGGAAACUUACAUCAAAUUGGAAAAGCUUGGUGAGGGCACCUAUGCAACUGUAUAUAAGGGAAGAAGUAAGCUGACCGAAAACCUGGUAGCUUUAAAAGAAAUCCGAUUAGAACAUGAAGAAGGGGCACCAUGCACAGCUAUUAGGGAAGUCUCGUUAUUGAAAGAUCUAAAACACGCAAAUAUUGUUACAUUGCAUGAUAUUGUUCACACAGACAAAUCAUUAACUCUGGUCUUCGAGUAUCUGGACAAAGACCUAAAGCAGUAUAUGGAUGAUUGCGGAAACAUCAUGAGUAUGCAUAAUGUAAAGUUAUUUUUAUAUCAGAUUCUGCGAGGUUUGGCAUACUGUCACAGAAGAAAGGUGUUACAUCGAGACCUAAAACCCCAAAAUCUUCUAAUUAAUGAAAGAGGGGAAUUAAAGCUAGCAGACUUUGGCUUGGCUAGAGCAAAAUCUGUCCCUACGAAGACCUACUCCAAUGAAGUGGUCACAUUAUGGUAUCGGCCUCCUGAUGUUCUCCUUGGAUCUUCUGAAUAUUCAACACAAAUUGACAUGUGGGGAGUUGGAUGCAUAUUUUUUGAAAUGGCAUCUGGAAGACCUCUCUUUCCUGGGUCAACUGUUGAAGAUGAAUUGCACUUAAUUUUCAGACUUCUGGGAACUCCAUCACAAGAAACAUGGCCAGGCAUAACUUCCAGUGAUGAGUUUAGGAACUACAACUUCCCCAAAUACAAGCCUCAGCCUUUAAUCAACCAUGCUCCAAGGCUAGACUCAGAAGGCAUUGAAUUAAUAGUAAAAUUUCUUCAAUAUGAAUCAAAGAAAAGAAUUUCAGCAGAAGAGGCUAUGAAGCAUGCAUACUUUAGAAGUCUAGGAACAAGGAUACAUGCUAUCCCAGAAAGUGCAUCAAUAUUCACUCUGAAAGAGAUUCAGCUGCAGAAAGAUCCUGGCUUUCGAAAUUCCACUUAUCCAGAGACAGGGCAUGGGAAGAACAGAAGGCAAAGCAUGCUUUUCUGAGGCUGGCAAUGUGAUUUCAAGCCCAAGGCUGUCUUGCAUCCAUCAAGGACUCUACUCUGAAGGCAGUGCUUCCCCUGGUGGACUUGAAAUCUGUUUGUCUACACUGUCCUCCUCACAGUGCAGUCUUUUUAUUUCAGACCUGCUGGUUACGUUUUUAUAUUUGUUGUCACAGUGUGACAAAUUUUUGUACAGUCAAUUUUAAGGUCUCCUCUGCCAUUAGAGCCAGUAGGUUACAGCUGUUAAUGUAACAGUAGCUGCAAUUUUUGUGCAGGACUGAGAAACACAGUGCAUUAUUUAUUGCGGAAAUCAUUGCUGCUAAAUAACUACUGUCUGUAUAUUUAACAAACAGUUGAAUGCCUGCAGAUGUUGCAAUGGCUUUAUAUGAUAUGUGAAUGCAUCUGUUUCUCUUCAUGAACUAUUGCUGCAGUUUUAUAUCUUCUUCUUUUUUUAAAACUGCAAUGUUUCCUGGAAUGUAAACAUAGCUUUCUUGACUGUUAAAUAGGUAAACUGUCUUUAAUGCUCUUAAGUUCACGGCCCUUAAUUUCUUAUUCAACAUUAGGUGUAAAGUGACUAAAAAUAUUAUAAAGUACAUAAAGCACUUAUUGAUUUGAACAGGUGAAAAAUGGUUCCUCCGUUACAUGCGAUUAGGUUCCAUGGCUGUUAGUGAGGAUUGGCUGAUCCAUUUUAUCAGGCUUUGCUCUCCUGGAAGAAACGUGCAUGUGACUCCUAAUGCAGUUACCUUCCCUCUAUACCUUUUUUCUAACCUGUAUAAUUUGAAGAACAUUUGUACACGUUCUCCUCUGGAUUGCUUUGGGAACUUUGUAUUUUUCUUGAUGUCUGAAUGACAAAAAUAUGGGAGCCAUGCGUCCCAGGGUAUGUGUGUGUGCCUCCCACGACCCAUUCCCGUGCUUUCAUAGCUGUUCUGUGACGACGUAUUUACUGGAAAUCCACUGGAAGAAUGCAAGUCCAUACUAGAGGAGACAUCACUCUGUACUGCAGGCUUUGUAAAGCAUGAGAACUUAGAGGGUUUUAAAGAUCUUAGGUGUUAUCUGUUUAUUGGAGCUAGUCAACAUGUUACUACUAAGCUGAUGCAUCUCAGUGAGUUUCAUAAGUACCUCCUGGUGAUAGUAACAGUAUUUUUAAGCAUUUGUGUUCAUCUUUCUGAACCGAUUUGUUUAGUGCAUCUUCAAGAGACUGUACAUCUUUACUGGCAUAUUUUGAAAUGUUUAUGUAAAUCUUUGGCUGGUAUAUCAUGAAAAUAGUCAUAGAUAACUUAAUUUUUUUCCUGAUGUUCACUGUAAAACAUUCAGGGGUCCUACCAUUUCUGUUCAGGAAAUCUUGUAGUUUAUUAUUGUUAUUUAACAGUAUUAAGUGAAAAGAAAUGUAUGUUUCAUUUUAACUUUAUUUGUGAAUAGUGAUUGUGGCAUGUUUGGGGAUGUUUUAUUAAUAUUUCAUGAUUCUAGUAAACUGAAUUUGGGAACAUUUUUAUUUUCUGGAAGAGACAAAUUCAUGUGUAAUGGUAACUAUUGGACCACUGCUGCUUUUCAGCAUUUGUAAGCUGGUUUUAUGUUAAAGAAGCCCCGCAGAGCUAACAAACUGCUGUUAUUUCUAACUGAUGGACCUAUAUUAAUAUUGUACUUUUGGAAGUAUAAAUAUUAUAUGGAAAUCCUUAA